AUGUGGAGAAAUUCAGUAUCUCGGCCAUUUAUAAGGCAGCAAAUAUAUCUUUUGCAUCCUGGAUGUGCACUUAGUCGUUGGAACAGUACAUAUUCGAAUCCAAACAAAUAUAAUUCUGGCUUUAUUGACCGGUCUCCAAAUCAAUCGGGAUCUCGUCAGUACUAUGGACAUGCUGAAGCAGGAAGCUCGAAAGUGACCCCUAAUCGGUCGGUUAGAAAGGAAAACUGUGGUCCAAAAUUAGAUCGAAGUAAUGGGAAUCUUCAGAAACGGCACACUAAUUCUAAUACGAAGCAGUUCCAGGGAUCUAAAGGACACACUCCUAGGCAUCCAGAGGGCCGACCAAGAGACUACAGUUAUGGUUCAGGCAGCUCUACUACCAAAAGUACAACACCACCAUCGACAAUCCAUCCAGAAGUCCCUGUAGUGUACUUUUCUAGUGGAAAGUCUCAAACAUUAAAAGUACCCAUUCAAGUAAACCCCCAAAACGUAAAAUCUUUUGAAGAGCUGAACUUAAACGAGCAAAUUAUUUCCACUCUAUACAAGUCACAUCAUCAUGUAAAGACUCCCAAUGAGGUUCAGAAAAAAAUGCUUGCAUUGCUUGGGUCAGAUGUGUCCGUAAUGGUUAGAUCUGAUGCUGGUACAGGGAAAUCACUGGCUACCGUUCUCUAUAUGAUGUCGAACGAAAGGCAAAACAACCUACCGAAUGAGACUCCCCAUAUUACAAAUCUGAUUCUAGUGCCGAGUCCUCAAUUAGCUGCGCAGUAUUAUGAGCAGUUCGAAGAGAUUGUGAAGAAAAUGCCAGGAGUGAACAUUCAUACAGUUGUUCAAAGAUUAUUCCGUAGUGAUGAAACAUACGAUGGUCAUGAAAUUGCUGAAGAAGCAGUUGACGGUGCUAGCAUAUUAUCAAACCAGGGUCAAUUGGACCUAUUAUCCAAGUACCCUGGGCCCCACACAUUAAUUGCAACUCCCAAUAGACUUUUGGACCUCCUUUCGUCCAACAGCAGAGAUCUGGUGCCACUUUACAACCUAUCAUGUGUUUGUGUGGACGAGGUAGACGCUUUCUAUUGGAAAGAAUUUAGACGGGCAUUCCAACCUAGUAUAGAACCUGGAGAGGGAUCCCAAAAAAAGAGAAAAGCCAAGCAAAUUCCGCUUGACUUGCUUAUGAAUCACAUCAAAUCAUGGAGAGAUGGACACCUUCGUGGCAUUGCACUAGCACGCCUCCCAAAAAGGAAACAAAUGAAUGCUAAAAAAAAUAUUUCAAUCAGCCCACUAAGAUUUAUUAUCAGUUCGUCUGUAGAUUUUCCUGGUUUAGACAAGAUGGUUGAGGAAAAGCCAUGGUUAAAGGAGAAUCACCGGCCUGUCCUCACUAUUGGGGUGAACUCCAGUUCAAGGGGUGUCACUUAUAAAGCAUUCAAGAAUAUCAGCAGUUAUUUCCUUAGCUACAACACCAAUAAUAGCCAGUUGAAGGAUUUGGAUGUUGGCACGAUUGACAUUUUGAAACAUGAGUUGGGAGAUUCUGGAGCUAAUAAAGCCCAACUUGCAAAACCGACCUCCGGUAGUGAUGGAUCCAAAUAUGCCAUUGAUAGACUGAACACUUAUAGUGGGUGUAUGGAAAAGCUCACCAAACUCGCCGCAUCGCAAAAUUCUAAGAAUCUAAUCAUUCUUCCAGACGGUAUUCCUUCUAAAGGUUUUGCCGAGCAUCUUCAAAAUAAAGGUAUAAGCUGUGGCCUAGCUGACUAUACAUCUCCUACUGGAUUUUCAUCCAUCAAUGGGGAACAUCUCAAUCCAACUAGUGUAUUUAAUUCUCCAAACCAGGAGGACCCAGCUAUUACUACCAUUGUAACUCAGGCAUCAAAUAUUCAUGGUAUACAAUUUAAUGGCCUGAAUAACAUAUACCUGUUUGACUGGCAUGUUGUAUAUCCGAAAAUUCUCUACCCUAAAUUGGCUGGUUUGUUUGAUCCGGCUCAUGAGAGACCAGGGAUAUCUCGUAAUAUCUUUCUCAUUGAUACGGACAUGACAACUAGCUCCACUCAAGCCCUUGCAUCUUCCCUUUCUUCAAUUGAGGGUCUCACAACAAGCACCCUCUAUGAGUAG